AUGUCAGCACUAACUUCCAUACCUCAAAAUACUAAGGACCGUAUUCGUCAAUUCCGGUUUUCUACGUCCAGAGCUGAUACAAUCAAGGCCAUUAUUCUAUGCAUUCAACGUUCCCCAAGUUAUGAAGUAAUAAUUGAUGAGGAAUGCACGGAAGAAGCUGAAGAAGUAAAUAAUAUUGAGGAUCUUCGGGAUGUACUACCUGCUAAUGAGCCGAGGUAUGUCCUACUUGCAUACCCUACUUCAACAGUUGAUUUGCGAAAAAGGACAUUGCUCGUUCUUCUCUACUGGAAACCUGUUACCGUUGUUUCUCAAGAAUGGAAAAUGGUCUACGCAGGUGCACUAGAGCAUGUGAGGAGCGAGUGUGCUCCCAAUAAGUAUGUGGAAGUCACAUCUAGUCUUGAGGACGAUAACGACGUUGACGAGCUAAAGGGCCAGCUAGAAAUCAAGUGA